AUGAAGCUCUUAGAUUGGAAUUUUCGGGGCCUUGCUCAUAACCCGACAAUUCGUGUUCUACGAGCUUUGAUCAGGCAUCACAGACCUGAUCUUCUUUUUCUGUCUGAGACGAUGGUGCCUUCUUCUCGUUUUCAAGCUUCCUCGUUUGGUUUGGGUUUUUCUUCUUGGUUGGAAGUUCCUCCGGUUGGUGUGCGAGGAGGGAUUUUUCUGACUUGGAAGGCUGGUGUUGAUGUUGAGCAUGUUAGGCUGGAUAAGAGGUGUAUCUCUUGUUUGCUGUUUUCUGCUCCUUCUGUUUGUCCUUGGCUGGUUUCUUGCAUUUACGCGCCAGCUUCUUUUUCUGGUUGUCAUGAUUUUUGGCCUUUUUUGUCGGAUUUGGGAAAUUCCUUUGGAGGUCCGUGGCUUCUUAAAGGGGAUUUCAAUUCUGUUCUUUCUCCUGCUGAGAAGAGUGGAGGAUGUAAUUUUGGGUCCUCUUCUCAAGGUGAAUUUGUGGAUUUUGUUCAGUACAAUGCUUUGGUGGAUUUGGGUUUUUUUGGGAACAAAUUUACUUGGAGCAACCAUCGGUCUGGUAAGGCUAAUAUUCAAGAAAGGCUUGAUAGAGGUUUAGCCAAUCAACAAUGGGUGCAUCUUUUCCCCAAUGCUGUUAUUAAUCAUCUGCCAGCCUCUCAAUCGGAUCACUGCCCCAUUUUGCUCUCUACUGAGGGCUCUUACCAGAAUAUUCCAAAACCUUUUCGUUUUGAGGCUUUUUGGACUCAUGAUAAGUCCAGUUUCUCUGUGGUGGUUGAAGCUUGGAUGGCUGAGGUUGAGGGCUCUCCAGCUUUCUCUUUGAGCAGGAAGGAAAAUAUUGGUGCAUAUUUGGUGGAUCAUUUCAGUAACAUUUUUUCCACCUCUCAUCCCCCUUUGAUUGAUACUUUGCCAGAUUUAGUGAAUGUCGUCAUUUCUGCUGAGGAAAAUGUUAGUAUUUGUACCAUUCCUGAUGAACAUGAGAUUUUUGUUGCUAUUAAGGAGCUUGGGCUUAAUAAAGCCCCUGGCCCGGAUGGGAUGACGGGUCUCUUUUACAAAACUUACUGGCCUAUUGUGAAAGAUAGUGUUGUUGUCUCUGUGCAGUCCUUCUUUAGGGGAGGUUUUCUUCUAAAAGAGUUCAAUCAUACUAACAUUGCUCUUAUUCCUAAAGUUGAUAACCCUUCUCUGAAAAAAGGUAUCGGUAGUUUGAUGGCUUUAAAACUUGAUAUGGAAAAGGCCUUUGAUUCUAUGGAGUGGGACUUUUUGUUAAGGAUUCUCACCUUGCUUGGUUUUCAUCCUGUUUGGGUCCAAUGGAUUAGACAAUGUAUUACUACAUCCUCUUUUUCCAUUCUCCUUGAUGGAGCCCCUUAUGGAAAAUUUACCCCAUCUCGUGGCCUUCGGCAAGAUGAUGUUAUGAUUUUCUCUCGGGCAAAUGUUAGUGAGGCAAGGGCUAUUCUUAACUGCCUUUCUACUUAUUCUAAGUGGUCUGGCCAGUGUAUCAAUGUAUCCAAGUCAGCUGUGUUCUUCAGCAGAAAUUGUCGGCCAGCUAAGAACAAUUCUAUUAAAGGCAUUCUUAAUCUCAAUUUGAUCCCUGCCAGAGCCAAGUAUCUUGGUAUCCCUCUCUUCAUGCACAAGAGAAAGUCUGAUUCCUUUAUUGAGCUAAAGGACAGAAUUUUCUCAAAGAUCACAGGUUGGAAAGCUCGCCUUCUCUCUCAAGCAGCUAGAACUACUCUUGUGAAGUUGGGUUGGAAGUUGACAUCCAAUCAACCUCUUCUUUGGGUUGAUGCUCUUAGGGGAAAGUACCUCAAGAAUGGUGUCUCUUUCUUGGAUGCCCCUCCCAAUCCGUCUUCUUCUUGGCUUUGGAAAGAUUUGCUUAAAAACCGUUUGGUGGCCCAAAAGGGUGCUUAUUUGAUUUUGGAAGAAGAUCGCUCCUGGAAUGCCUCUCUCUUGGCUGAUCUUUUUGAACCUAGUACUGUCCAGAACAUUCUCAGGACCUUUUCGGUAAAAUCUGCUCAUGAUAUUUCGGUUGUUCAUGGUGGCCGUAUCUCUCCUCUAGCUGAGGAUGCCUGGUUUUCCCUUUGGGGUCUUAAACUUCAAGCUAGGCUUAAGCAUUUGUUGUGGAAAAUAGCUUGGGAUAUCUUACCCUCUAGAGCUAACAUUAGUAGAUUUGUUGUUCAAGAGGUAGAGGAGGCUUGGAUUUCCUCUUCUUUGGAGCACCAUCUCUCAGCUUGGAGAGAUUCUACCUCUCCUUCUAUUUGGGUUCCUCCUUCAUUUGGGUGGCUUAAGGGGAAUUUUGAUUUUGAUGUUGCUGUUCGUAGCUCUUUUUCUGUUGCUGCGGGAGUCAUCUCAGAUGCUUCUGGAAACAUGAUCAUGGUAGUUACUCAUAAGUUAUCCUCCACAGAUGCUCUAGCUGGAGAAGCUUUUGCUGCUCUUCUUACUUCUCGUUUGGCUGUCUCUCUGACUAGUGACAAAUUUUGUAUAGAAGGAGAUGCUCUUUUAGUAGUGUUAGCUAUUAAUAAUCCCUCCCUCUUCUCUUCUUGGUCGAUUGCAAAUUGUAUUUCUGACAUUAUUGUUACUUUAUCCUCCUUUCCUAGCUGGAAUGCUUCGAAAGUGUCUAGAUGUGCCAACUUCCGUGCACAUGCUUUAGCUAAGUGGGCCGCUUCCAAUCUUGUUUUUGGAAGCAUGCCCAUAGGGUCUCCCAUUCUCUCUUCCAUCCGGAUCAGAGGUGGAAAAGAUCCUCCCCUGUAG